AUGGACUUGGCAGCCCGAGCUUCCUCUAAUGACUUCAAUAAGGAUCCAUACGGCAACGUCCCUACAGAAUGGAUAUGCAUCCUCUUCAUCGUUCUCUUCGCUCUCUCCGGAUUGAUCCACGCAGGUCAAGCGAUAUAUACCCGUCUGUGGUGGAUCUUUCCGACCAUCUGCGUAGCUGCCAUCCUCGAAAUUAUUGGAUGGAGCGGGAGGCUGUGGUCCAGUCAGAAUGUUCUGGCAAAGAGUCCAUACCUCAUGCAGAUUGUGGCAACGAUCAUCGCGCCGACACCCCUCGUGGCCGCAAACUUUGUCAUUCUCGGUCAGCUCAUCCGCCGACUGGGCCAGUGUUACAGCCGGCUCAGCGCCAAGUGGUACACCGUCGUGUUUUGCAGCUGUGAUGUUGUCGCACUCGUGGUGCAGGCCGUCGGUGGUGCGACUGCUGCCGGCGCGGUAAACCAGAACAAGAAUCCCAACAUCGGCGGUCAUAUCAUGCUGGCCGGUAUCGUCUUCCAGAUGUUUUCCAUCACGGUCUACAUGACACUCGCAACAGAGUUUGUUCUCAGGUUCCUCUGGGACCGACCGUUGCGCAGGGCCGAGAGCACAUUGUCUGGGUAUUCACUGGACAGGAAUACCAAGCUGAUGCUCGCCGGAAUGACACUGAGCAGCGUCUGCAUCUACAUUCGGUCCGUAUAUCGUACAAUCGAACUCGCUGACGGAUGGACAGGCUACAUCAUUCGCACCGAGCGCUUCUUCGAUUGGCUGGAUGGCGGCAUGAUUACGCUCGCAAUUUUCACCGUCAACUUCUUCCACCCCGGCUUGCUUCUUGGACCCGGCGAGCAGUGGAAGCAACAAGUACCAGUGAAGACCAUCGUGUUCGAUGAAGCGCAGAAGAUGAAUGCGUGAACGUAUCAGGGCGACAAUUCCCGGUCGAUGAUGAAGACUGGUUCUGAUAUAGAAGUGCUGAAUCCUUACAGCAGUGCCUACUUGCUUGAUCACAUUUUCUAUUCCCCUUCUCUAAUCUUCCGUGUUCAUGAUACCAGCUACAGCCUACGGCUCUCCCUGUUCCUCUGAUGUGGUUGGUCGGCCCCACAUACCAUGCUCCUAUUGUACAUUCCCAUGCCACUCUCUUAGUGCUAUUUUUCCCCCAAGGAUUGGAACGCUUCUCAGCAUAUUUAUAAUCUGCUUGCCUUGUAUAUCUCCGACGG